AUCUUCUCUUUCCUUAAUCCACCGCACCAAUUUAGCUAUAAAUAUCUCCCCCUUACCUCUGCCUUUUUUUUCAUCCCCAAUCAUUCCUUCCCUCUUCUGUUCUCUGAAAAUUAUAAUAUUUAGUAACCCUUGUUACUAAAAAUAGCAGAAAUGGCCAGCCAACGCAUUCCAUUCCUUAUCCUGUCUCUGCUUCUCUUAAUUUCUCUUUCCAGUGUGGCUGAGGCGGCUUACAGCAGCGGGAAACUCCAACCUUCAGACUGUAAGCCGAAAUGCACGUACCGGUGCUCAGCAACAUCACACAAGAAGCCGUGCAUGUUCUUCUGUCUCAAGUGCUGUGCCAAAUGCCUGUGUGUUCCUCCAGGCACUUACGGCAACAAGCAGGUCUGCCCUUGCUACAACAACUGGAAAACCAAGGAAGGAGGACCCAAGUGCCCUUAAAUUCAACUCUAUUGUUUUGAUCCGUUCCCUACUACCCUUUUUCAAUUCCUUCAAGCAAUAUAUUUCUUAAAUAAUCAAGGCCAUUUUAAUUAUUUUAAUUAUUUUGUACUGCUAUUAUCGGUAGCUACAUUUUCAGUUCAGGCAAUUCAUCAUGCCGUGAUGUAGUAGUUCACUGGUAGUACCACAUUGAUGUGAUAUGUAGGUCCCUCCAUGAUUGCUUUGUUCCCACGGGAAUUUUAAGUUUU